AUGUAUCCUAUAUCAUCAAUACCCUAUGCUUUUAAUAAAAAAUCAACAGGAAAUUUCAUACAUAAUUAUGAUACUAAACAAAAUCAAAAUCAAAAUCAAUAUCAAUAUCAAAGGCACAAGCAAAAACCAAUAGAACAAACAAAUAUUGAAACGUCAAAUUUAUUUCGAAAUUAUCAAUCAAACCGAAAUCAAUUUUUUUAUUCAUCAUUAAACAAUAAUUCUAUUGGAAAUAAUCCAUCAAUAUCAUAUAAAAGUGAAAGGUCUUCAAAAGCUCGUACAAUUAAUUCUAUUUUAUCAAGUCAUUCUAAUCAAGAUCAAUUUUAUUCUAAACAUAAACAAUCGAAUUCAGAAAAUCUAACAAUUAAACAUAAUAAUAAACCAUUAACUAAUUCACGUUCAACUGGAGCUUUACAAAAUCGUAUUCAUAAAGAACGACGAUCUCAUACAAUGGCUCCAUUAUCUAGAAUAUUAGGACCAUCUUCAACUCCAAAAGCUAAAUUAUUUGCUAGUAUUAUUGCACCCACUGAUGCUCAAGCUAUUAAAUCAAGUCAAUUAACAGAAGAUCUAUCAAAUAUUGAAUCAAUUUAUCGUUCGAAAACAGAUAUUGAUAUGACAGAUGAUGAUAUACCAAUUAUUGUUAAAGUUGAAUAUGAUCCUGAAACUGGUUAUCCAAAUGAAGAUAUUAUUCGACAAGCUGUCAAUAAUAGAUUAAAUCAACUUUCUAAUAACAUAAAUCAUCAACAACCAAUUGUUUUCAAUUUUCGUGGACCAAGUAUUAAGCCAAACGUGUCUGUUAGAGUACAACAACAACAACAACAACAACAAGUUUAUAAUAAAGGUGAUCAAUCUGUUGAAGAGCAUCCAUCUAUUCGUAUUCCUGUUUUUUCUCAAGAAAAACAAGAAGAAAAUUAUGAAGAAAAUGAUUUUAUUCGAUCAAAAUUAUCUCGAUCAUUAAAUAAAUAUCCAUCAAUACAUUCUGUCCAUAAUUCAUCUCAUCCUUUUCAAAAUAAUCAAAAUAUAAGUUCAGUACAAAUUUCCAAACCAUUAAUAAAUCGACAAGAAGUUCAAUCUAAUAAAAUGCAACAAUUACCUAAUCAAAAUAUAAUUUCAUCACGAGCUAACGAAUAUGAUAAAACAGAAUUUGAUUAUUUCAAGACAAAUAAUAUCAAAAUGUCAGGUCAACAAUUAAGAAUAAGUGAUCAAGAAAUUCUCUCAAGAAUAUCAUAUACAGGUCCCCCUUCAAAUGAAAUAUUUCGACCAUCAUCAGUAACAGAUACACCAGAAUUAAGUAGAGAAAAUUUACUUAAUAUGCUUAAUCAAAUACCUGAUUUACAAGGUCGUCGAUUUAAUAUUGAAUAUGCCGCAAGUGGUGCACCUGAAGGUUAUCCAAUUCCAAUUCAUUUAGGUUCUGCUGCAAAUUCCUAUCCUGAACCAGUUUAUAUUGAUAGAUUACCAAAUGAUGUUAUUCAACAUGUUAGAGGUAGCAAUAAUACAGCUCUUACAGCUGCAUUAGAAGCAACUAUUCAACGAGAACAAUAUAUACAAUCAUCAAAUUUAUCUCAACCAUCAACUUCAUCAUUAAAUUAUCAACCACCAACUGUAAUACAUCAUGCAGCACAACCUUAUGAACAAGUUCAACAAUCUCGACCAUUAUCAACAAAAAAUUCUCAUAAAACUAGUGAAGUAUCUUCAUCUAAUUCAUCAUCAUCAUUAUUAUCAUCCUCAUCAUCAUCAACUGAAGAUACUGAUAGUGAAGAUUUUGAAAGUGUUCCAUUAGCAAGAUCAACAAAUUCAAUUCGAAAUGUUGGAUCAUAUUCAUCAAACUGA